AUGUCUUCGAAUCCUCCAUCCCGUAAAGGCCCAGGUUCCUCCCAAGCACCGAUCGACACUCCUCUCCAGGUGCCUGGGCCAAGGAAGUCUACCGUGGUUCCUUCUGAGGUCGUAGGUGGCGAGGGUCUCCCAGACGUGGAUUGCCCUCAGUCGGCCUCUAGCUCCUCUGCUGUGGUGGACCCCGUGGGGACAGUCGCCUAUGUCUCGCCCGUUGUUCCGUCGAGUGCUCUUCCGGCUACGAUGGGCGGUAGUAGCCAGGCCUCAGGCGCUCGCGAUUUGCAAGAUCGUCUAGAUGCAUAUAGCCGAAGACUUGAGGCGUGCGAAGGUCGACCUACCACCGUCCUCACCCCCGACGCCUACUGGAUCACCCUGUGUGAGCUACUUGAAAGAGAGCUGCAAGACACCCGCCGCCUCGUGGUUCAGUUACGCGAAGAUCACCAGCAAGAGAGAUCACUGGCGGAGCAUUUGCGGUGGCGGAUGGACUACCACCAGAGCCGCUACGCUCUCAUGAUGGCGGAGUUGGAUCACGAGGAUUUCUUCACGAGUCCCUUACAGGAUCUCGCGGCUCCUCCCGUGACUGCUCCCGCAGUACCUCCCACCGCGGUGACGGGUAAGCGACAUUUCCCGGCCAAGGCGACCGCUAAGGUCCCCAAGGCCGCCAAGUCAAGUACCCCCAGCACUCCCGCUUCGUCGGCGCCCAAGUCGCCCCCCCAGGCUCUACCUUUGGUACCCUGUCCGGACCCGGAUGAUGACACUGCAAGUGACGACAGCGAGGUGGUUCGGACGACCUUGGCUCGAACGCGGUCUUCCCGGCGUCGUACCACGCCUACCGACCCGCCGCUCCCAGCUGUCUCCGCUGACUCUGUCUCCCGACUGGUCACUCACCCAAGUCCAGAGUUAUUCCGCGCCAUAUUUGGAUCUUCGGACUCCGAGGUCUAG